UGGAGACAGCUCCACCACUGGCACCCUUCUCUCUCUCUGGCCAAAACUACACAGUUGUAUUACAACACACUUACAGGAAAGGACUGCUUAAGGAUUCGGAUUUUCUUUUUCUUUUAAAGGAUUUUCCCACUCGGUUGUACUUUAAAACACAUUUGGACUGUCAGCUAGCAAAGGAGGUGGUCGGGUGUCCUCCGCCAUUAUGAAGAUGUUGAAACCUGAGACCGUCAAAUACAGAAGCUCCAGCAGCAGACGCCAGACGCCACCCGUCCCUCACCCAGGAGGCAGCAGCCAAGACCUGGACACCGACACCCAGCACCUGGGCGACACCCAUCACCUGGGCGACACCCACCACCUGGGCGACAGCCACCACCUGUUCAGAGCUCCAGACUGGAUAAGGAGGAGAUGGAGGAGAGGGAGGGGGACCGUGGAGGAGCAGCAGAGGACCCACUGGCAGAACUCCGACUCUGGGGACGGAAGGGAGAUCAGUAGGGGAGCGUCUCCACACCACCACCACCAGCAGCAACAGCAGAUGCCCCACAACCGUACCUCACGGCCCGUUAGCUCCCACUGGCAAGACUCCGACUCUGGGGACGGAAGGGAGAGCAGUAGGGGAGUAUCUCCACAACAUCACCUCCAGCAGAUGCCCCACACGCGUAUAUCACAGCUCACCGCUAGCUCCGGCAGGCCUGCUAGCUGUAUCGAGGGUGGUGUCGGGAUGAUGGAGGACAGCAGUAGGGCGGUGUCUCCACAUCACCACCACCAGCAGCUGAAAACCCACACACGUACAUCACGACCCACUGCUAGCUCCCGCAGGCCGGCUAGCUGUAUCGAGGGCGGUGCUGGGAUGAUGGAGGACAGCAGUAGGGCAGUAUCUCCACAACACCACCACCACCAGCACCACCAGCAGCAGCAGCAGCAACAGAUGCCCCACACCCGUACAUCACGACCCACCGCCACUGCUAGCUCCCGCAGGCCUGCGAGCUGCAUCGAGGGUGGUGUCGGGAUGAUGGAGAGCUGGCUGAGGCAGCUGGAGUUGCUGCAGCUGAGGAGAGGCAGCUCAGGAGAUGGUGGAGGUCCGGGUGGUGGUGUUGUGCCGCCGCUGUCGGACCGCACGGUGUCCAUGCCGAUGCUUCCUCCACGCCACCCAGCGGCAGCAGGCUACAGCUAUCGCACAGACUCCCCAUCCUCCCUGGCCAGUGAGGACCUGUUGCUCAGCCUGGCCCCCAGCCUGAGUGCCACCACGCUGGGCAGCGAGGAGCUGCUGUGGCCCCUGGAGAGGGAGAGAGCCGGCAGCAGUGAGAGAGUGUGUAUUAAGGAGACCCCCACUGCGGAGUUCACCCGGAAGAGCUCGCUGGCCGCCGUGAAGAUGGGCUGGCUGCCAGUCCAGAGGCGACUGGUGGUGGUGGACAAUGUUUCUUCUAAUCACGCCAAUCAUCGACCAGUGAGCGAGAGGGCCUCCAACCAGGUGAAGAUGAAGCCUCCCAUCACACCUGUCUUCAGUAAGCACGCAGCAGCUCGGACUAAUGGGUACCGCCACUCGGAUGUAGCAGGGGAGAAGUGUCAUGGCGGCCCGACCGCUAACGCUACUGCUCCUGUUGCCGCUGCUGCUGUGCCAGUCAAGUCGAGUGUGACACGUGGACAGACAGGCGCCAGCUCCAGCUCCAGCUCCACCUCGUCUCCCCUUACACAGAGUGCCAUCAGUGGGAAGCGUGGUCUGCUGGGGAGAGACAUCACCACCACCACCACCAUCGGCCCCCCUCAGCAAAUCACCACCACCAGCCCCCCUCAGCCUUCCUGGAGAGGAGGGGAGCUUCCUGUGUGGGUGACCUCCAACAGGAAAUCCACUUCACCUGCUGCUGCUGCGGCCAACAACUACACAGGGCGUCCCCUCUACUCAGAAUCUCUCUCCUCCCUCUCCGCUGCCCACACCAACCCCAACUCCAACUCCAGUCUCACCCCUGCCCCCGCAGCGCCAAAGACCAAGACGGGCUUUUCCUCCAUCACCAUCACCUCCAGCAGGGUCAUCACCCGCUCCGCCAGCCUGCCCUUGUCCCUGCCCGGCUCAGCUGACAGUUCACGGUGUGCCAGUCCAGCGGACAACAUGAGGAGGAGUCACACCGGGGGUCACACCGGUUACAGCGUGUCUGGAGGAGGACGCAAGGCGGUGGUGGUGAAGAUGGUGGAGAACAGGGUCACCAUGACGACCAAGACCACAGCUCACACCAACAUGGUGGACAGCAGAGUUACCAUGACGACCAGAAGCACUGCUCACACCAAUAUGGCGGCACACAACGGCUCCAAGAACUCUCUCCUCGGAACCACAACAGACCCGAGAGAAGCGUUCGGCGCUGAUCCAGUGGUGCUCAGGAGAAAAGCCACCAUUGUGAAGGUCAUAGAGGAGAGAGACAGCUACAGGAUCUGUCCAGUACCAACGCACCACCAUCCAAGUGAGGCCAGGAGAUCAGAUGCCACGUGGAGAUACAGCUUCACAGAGGGAAUGAGACCCUCUAGUCCCUAUGCUCCCGAACCGCGGACCAUGUUGUCCACAGAGGGAGAGAAGAGCGUUGCCCAACUCCAUCGAUCAACGCUGUCCCUCAAUCUCAGCACCGCGCCCCCACCUCUCCCUGGCCCAACAGGAGACACGCUCAGAGAGAGCAGGUGGACCCUGGGACAGCACAGACCAGCGAGUUUCCACGAGAGCAUGUUGACACCUACACAGCCUGCCUUAGAGUCAUUCACACAGCCCCAGUAUCACAGGACUUCAAGAGCAGGACUCCCCCCCCACUCACAGGCUGCCUUGGAGUCCUCCAACACCACCCAGCCUCCUCACAUGGUCAGAGAAACCAGCUGGACCCUUGGACAGCGCAGACCAGCUAGCUUCCACGAGAGCAUGUUGACACCAACACAGGCUGCCUUAGAGUCCUCCUUAUCCACCCAGCACCAGAAAGUCUUAAGAGCAGGGAGGCUUCCCCAACACACUGCUGCUGAUAUGGACCCAUCCCACAUCAAUUUAAGUAACACAGCAGCAUUGCUACCCCCAUCUCCAAAUAUGGAGCCAUCCCACAUCAAUUUAAGUAACAGAGCAGCACUGGGACAGUACAGACCAGCUACCUUCCACGAAGGCAUGUUGUUGACACACUCACAGCCCCAGUACCAGUGGGCCUCGAGAGCAGGACUUCCCCAAACUGCUGCUAAUAUGGAUUCAACCCAAAUCAAUUUAAGUAACACAGCAGCACUGGUACCCCCAUCUCUGGCGUCAUCUCUACUGUGCGGGGACUCCAACUCCACUACCAGGCGCCCGGAGGCUAGAAACUUGAGGGGGGAGGCGGCGGAGGCGGAGGCGGAGCGGGAGUUGACAGAGGGGAAGUCUUCGCCUGCGGCUGCCUUGGAAACCGCAUCAGCAUCAGCAUCAGCACCACCACCACCACCUGCUCUCAUCAGUACUAGCGGCUCUGCAUCGCUGCCCACUCCUGACUCUGUCCUGGCCCACAACGCCGCCGCCAUCAUCGCCAGCAUCAAACUGCAGAGACAGUUGAGCAAGAAGAGGGACAAGGCAGCCGCCAGGGACAACCACACUCACGAGGACAAGGCAGCCAGGGAGAACCACACACACAAGGACAAGGCAGCCAGAGAGAACCAGGCACACAACGUCACAGCUGCAGACCCUGAGGAGCGGACCCACAGAAGCCCUUUGAGAGACGAGUCAGUGGGAUAUGACCUGAGUCCUGAGACUCCUCCUCAUCAAGUGCGUGACACGACUGGACCAGACACCGUGACAGAUGGACAACAGAGACGUCCUUAUGUAGAUGGUGGACAACAGAGGCGUUCUUAUGUAGAGUUCGUCCCCCUCGUUCCUCAUGCCCCUCAGGAACAUGCAAGUCUAACUGAGUCGCUGCUUCUCCGUCGGCCCGGCUUCAUCAGUCGCUCGGAGGCCCGCGUGAAGGAGGUCCAGAGACGAGCCCAGAACCGGAGGCAGCAGCGCCACCAGAACAAGCACCACCAGCGGCACCAGCAGCACCACCAGGUCCAGCCCAGCAGCAGCACCCCCGCCGGCCAUCACACACGGACAACAAACACCCAGACACACGCUCACAGUGCUAUUGAUCUUCAAGAGAUGUCUGCUGCCCCCUGCUGA